AUGAGAGAUCCCAAAGUUUACAGACAGGGUAUUCAGAUGUUCUAUCAUUUGUUUCGUACGAUCGAAGAAUGCCUCUACUCCGAGAUUGCCAAGGAUACUAGAUACUCAGCCAUGCUUAGUUCUAUAUGGAAACCUUCCUUGGCAAGGACUGACAAAUUGUACCAAGACUUGAUGUUUUUCUACCAUGAGCAGCCGGAGAAGUUCUCUUGUCCCAUACUGAAGCAACAGGUUCAAAGUGUGCAACAUAUCAGAGAUGUGACCGCUGAAAGACCCUAUCUUUUAUUGGCCUACAUGCAUGUACUCUACCUCGCUCUCUUCGCAGGAGGACGAAUCAUGUCAUCACAGGUGGCUAGGUCUUUAAACUUGUUUCCCCAGAUGGAAGGUAAAAGCUUUGACGAGGUGGCUGCUAUGGGUACCAACCUGUACAGAUUUGAGGUGGAUGAUCCUACAGAGUUGAGAAUGAUCUAUAAGAGAGACUACGAGCUUCAGACUAGAAACUUUCUCACGGAGAAAGAGAAGGAAGAGGUGAUCCAGGAGUCUAAAAUUGCCUUUGACAUUACAAUCCAAAUUAAGCUACCAGGUGAUAACUAA